AUGUCUUCCCUCUCCUCGUUCGCCUUGCUGGCUCUGGCCCCAGCCGCCGCACAUGCUUUCAAUCUAUACGAGCAUCUAGGCAAUCUUUCACCUUACUUUACUCCUACAAACACUCCUGCCUCAUUACUAUCUGGUAUCCCAGAAUCUUGCUCUGUCGAUCGUGCCUUCUUGGUUCAUAGACAUGGUUCUCGUCAGCCCAUCUCAUCAGAGCUGCCAACCAUCCAGAAUCUAUCUUACUACAUCAACAACAACACUGCUUUAUUCAAAAGCCCCAAAGGCCAGCUUCCAUCCGAGUUCUCCUUCCUCACCAACGGCUGGUCUAGCAGUUUCACCCUCAACAACCUCUCUGCUUCCGGCCGUCAGCAAUUGUUUGACCAUGGUGUAGCACUCCGUCUCGAUUAUCCUUCCCUGUACACUGAUACAGUGCUAGCCGGCGACCAAGACCGUGUGGUAGAGAGUGCUCAAUGGUUCAUGGAUGGCUACUUUGGCCGCUACGUUGGGGACGUAGCUGUAUUGGACAAGAUCGCAGAGAACAAUCUCACCGUCUCGUGGAUCACUGCGAUGGACACCUGCAAGACCUGGGAAUAUGCCUCCGGUAACGAUUUGGUCACCGAAUGGGGCAAGGUCUAUCUGCCCAAAGUCGCUAUUCGUAUGAACAAGGCUGUUUCGAGCGCAUACCCAGGUGUCAAUUUCACUUCGCAGCAUGCACAUGGAGCUCUUUGGGCAUGCGCUUACGGUACUGCUGUAUAUGGCGUAGGCCGUAGCCCAUGGUGUGAGGUCUUCAAGUCUCAAGAGAUCCUCGACUUCGAAUACGAACUUGACCUCCUGAUGAGAGGCGCAUUCGGCUACGGACUCCCCACCAACCAAGGCCCUACUCUUGGAAGCCUGCUGAUCAGCAACGUCACCACCUUCUUGCAGGGUACUGGUGGUCAAAAUCUGUCUCUGAACUUCGCCCACGACACAACCAUCGACCUCGGACUCACCGCCCUGGGUCUCGCCCACGACGAAGAAUACCCUGCCACUGGCCCUCCCAGUCCCAAUCGCAACUGGAGAACAAGCACCCAAGUCCCAUUCGGAGCACAAAUGCUAUUCAAAAGACUCAGCUGCUCUGGCAACGAAACCAGAAUCCAGCUUGAGCUCAAUGGCGCAAACUUUGAUCUCAGCCCUGUUGGCUGCACCUCGGAUUACUAUGGAACUUGCAAGUUUGCCGAUUUUACGGCUUCUGAGAAUGUGCAGAAGGCGUUGAAUAUUACUGAUGGUGACGCUACUUGGACUUCGGCAUGUACGUAG